AUGGAGUCGAAGAAAAAUGGGGUCGUGCUGAGCGCGCAGGAGAUCGCGAGUCACCGUUCUACGUCGUCGUGUUGGAUCGUCGUGGAUGGCAAGGCGUACGACGUGACGGGAUACCUCGACGAGCACCCGGGAGGCGCUGCGGUAUUGCUGAAGCAAGGUGGAACUGACGCGACAGCCGAGUUUCGCAAGAUCCAUUCGCCAGAUGUCCUCAAAUAUCUGCCGGAGGAUGCUUGUCUGGGUGCCAUUGACGCGGCCGCGCAGGCCGCGCUGCCUAUCAGCACUGUCAACGCGGACUUGACUGAAGAGUCAGGCACAGAAGACGGCGCGAAUAAAGUACCACACAUUUCCAGCAUCGUGGCGCCUAAUGAUUUUGAAGCGGCCGCUAAAAUCUCCAUGCCGCUGAAAUCCUGGACUUACGUCUCAUCCUACUCGCACGACGGCUCCGCAUUCCGAGGUAACCUCACCUCGUGGCAAGCCGUGCGCUUCCGCCCUCGCAUCUUCGCCGACGUGCGGACAGUGACGCCGCAGUGCCGCAUCCUCGGGUCCGCCUCCGCGUUCCCAUUCUACGUGUCCGCCAUGGGCCAAUUAGGGCGCGGACACCCGGCCGCCGAGAUCGGACUGGUACGGGCUCUGGCGCGUCGCGGCGCACACGGCGUCAUAUCCACGGAAUCCACGGUGAAGAUGGAGGAGAUCGCUGCUGCGUUUCUCGAGGAGAAGAAGAAAGUCAAAGCCACUGCCGCCGCCAAGAACAAGCCAGAAGCACGGCUGCACUUCCAGCUGUACAUCCCCGCCGACCGCGAGAUCGCCAUCCAGCGCAUCAGGCGCGUGCGCGCGACGGGCGUGUUCCAUAGUCUUUGGGUCACUGUCGACACCGCGGUUCUAGGAAAGCGGACCGCGGACCGCAAAUUGCAAGCCGCCGAGGCACUAGCUGCUUCCCCUGAACUCGCGGCACAUGCAGAGCGCGCGGGCUUCGGGGCGCUGGCACAUGCCGGAGGUGCGCAGCUCAAUGCCUCGCUUACCUGGGAGGAUCUGAAGUGGAUGAAGCGGGAAUGGGGCGGCCCCGUGGUGCUCAAGGGCGUGCAGACAGCCGAGGAUGCGGCGCACGCGGCGGAACUCGGCGUCGACGGGGUGCUCUUGAGUAAUCAUGGUGGUCGUCAGAUGCAUGAUGCCCCGGAUGCGCUGACGACACUGCUUGAGAUCCGCACGUAUUAUCCCGGUCUUGUGGAUCGGCUGGAAAUCUUUGUCGAUGGCGGGUGUCGCGAUGGUGCGGAUGUGCUUAAGGCUGUGGCGCUCGGGGCAAAGGCCGUGGGCGUUGGUCGGCCGUUCUUUUACGCGCUCGCUGCCUAUGGAGAGAAGGGUGUUGAGCGUUGCUUGGAUAUUUUUGCGGAUGAGCUCGUCACCGGGAUGAGACUCGUUGGAAUCAAAGAUCUAGAUGAGGCGCAACCCGAGCGCGUCAAUGCUAGUCGGUUACUCAACGAAAUAUGGCGACCUGAGAAGAGUCGCCUAUAA